UUGAGUGUGUGUUUAAGUGCACAGUUUCAACCGUCACGUGCGCAAUGAGGGGGAAGAAGAGCGUGUGUGUCUAAUAGGUUAUUAUGUGAGAAGAGAAUGGGAGAGUUGGGAGAGUUGGAGCUGGAGCUCCUCCAGGGAAACCAGGAGAAACAUAUCUCUCUGUUAAAGAACUUUGUGGCGGGAGGAGCGGGAGGAGCUUGCCUUCUGUUCGUGGGACACCCGCUCGACACAAUCAAGGUGCGGCUACAGACCCAGCCCAGAGUGCCCAGCCAGGAUGUCCUCUACAAAGGUGCUUAUGACUGCUUCCUAAAGACUGUCUCCAAAGAGGGACUUCUUGGGCUGUACAAGGGGAUGGGGGCCCCCCUAGCCAGCGUAGCUCCUAUGAUGGCCAUUAGUUUCUUUGGGUUCGGACUGGGAAAACAGCUGUUGCAACCAGACUCCACUAAGACACUGAUGCCUACCCAACUGUUUCUCUCAGGCUGUCUAGCAGGUGUUUUCACUACAGUGAUAGUGUGUCCUGGAGAAAGGGUCAAGUGUUUACUACAGGUGCAGGCCAGCGGGGGCAGCAGGCAGCGGUAUGCAGGUCCUCUGGACUGUGCUCUCAAGUUGUAUAAAACACAAGGCAUCCGCUCCAUCUACAAAGGAACAACACUCACACUCAUCAGAGACGUGCCUUCUAAUGGUGCCUACUUCAUGGCUUAUGACUUCCUGAAACACAAAAUGACAGCUGAGGGUGAAAGUGUGUCCCAGCUCAGCACUCCAAAGAUCCUCCUUUGCGGUGGCAUAGCGGGCAUCUGUAACUGGAUUGUGGGACUUCCACCCGACGUACUCAAGACCAACUUCCAGACAGCUCCAGACGGGCGGUACAGGGGAACAGGUCUGGUAGAUGUACUGCGGGAGCUGCUUCGUGACGAGGGGCCCAGAGCACUCUAUAAAGGAUCCAACGCCGUGUUCCUCAGAGCCUUCCCUGCCAACGCGGCCUGUUUUCUAGGGUAUGAAUUGGCGUUAGAGUGUCUAAAUUGGCUGGCUCCCACCUGGUGAAGUCUCCUGCUAUGACCUGUCAUUAAGAGGUUGUAACCUGCAUUGACCUGUCGCUGUCUUCAGACUGGACUCUUCUCUUGACCUCAGUUUCAUGCUUCCCAAAUGGCACACUAUUCCCUAUAUAGUGCACUACUUUUGCCUAGGGCCUGUAGGUAAUAGGGCUCUGGUCAGUUUUGCACUAUAUAGGGAAAGUAGUGAACUAUAUAGGGAAUAGGGUGAUGGUUUUUGUUGUUGUAUUUAACCUUUAUUUAACUAGUCAUGGUUUUUCAUGACAACAACAAUGUGAAUUCUUGUCCUCCUUGUUGUUAAUGUGGUUCUAAAAAUAUAUUCACUGAUGUUUCAGUUUGACAUCUUGUCCUGUUUCGGUUUGACAUCUUGUCCUGUUUCAGUUUGACAUCUUGUCCUGUUUCAGUUUGACAUCUUGUCCUGUUUCGGUUUGACAUCUUGUCCUGUUUCAGUUUGACAUCUUGUCCUGUUUCGGUUUGACAUCUUGUCCUGUUUCAGUUUGACAUCUUGUCCUGUUUCAGUUUGAUAUCUUGUCCUGUUUCAGUUUGACAUCUUGUCCUGUUUCGGUUGAUAUCUUGUCCUGUUUCAGUUUGACAUCUUAUCCUGUUUCGGUUGAUAUCUUGUCCUGUGAUUCACGUCUUGUUGAAGAGAAGUUUAAACGCACAGUGAAAUAAUGACAAUCAUGAUAUUUAUUUAAGGGGAUGAUUUUUACAUAUUUCUGUGAACCUAAGGUUGUGUCUAAAAGGCACCUGAUAAUAGUGCACUAUAUUUAUAUUCAUUAUUCAUUGUUAAUAGUAACAAUAAAGACGUGUUUGAAUGUUGAAGAUUUAAAACAAUUUUUUUAAAUGCCUUCAUUUGUUUAUUGACCAAUUUAGGGGUUUUGAUGUACAUUUUAAAUGUGAUAUAAUGUGAUAUAAUUUGAUUAAUUUGGACAAUUAAUCAAAUCCAUUUAUGAGCAAUCCAGAUUUAUCUCAGAACAGGUUUUAUACAUUUGUUUGAAUAAAGUGUAAUUUGCCAAAUAUGACAUUGCUGUGUCUAUUAA